GAGCACUGAGGGGCAGGCCGCCACCGAUGCCAUUAUACCGAAAAGGGGGGUCUUAUAGGCCGCCUCAACAGCCUUCUCCUCUAUUUCAAACCUACCACCUUCAUACGUGCCUACCUAACAUAUUUCAUAACAAACCACCAUGGCACAACCCUCCUACAUAAUCAUCGGCGCAGGCGUCUUCGGCACCUCCACCGCACUACACCUAAUAACGCAAUUCCCAUCCGCAUCAGUAACCCUCAUCGACCGCAACGCGCCCUCCGACGCAACCCGCGUCGCCGCCUCCUGGGACUGGAACAAGGUCGUCCGCGCCGACUACCGCGACCCGCUGUACUGCAAGCUCGCGCUCGACGCCCAGGACGUCUGGCGCUCCGAUCCGCUGUGGGCGCCGUUCUACCACCAGUCGGGGAUUUACUGGAUCAGUCAAUCUGGUUUCGCCGGCGAGGUUAUUGAGAAUUAUAGGAGGUUGGGAAGGGAUACGAGUGCGUUGAAGGAGUUGGAGGUUGAGGUGGCGAAGGGGGAGUUUGGAGGGCUGUUUGAUCAGGCGGAUUAUACGGGUGUGAAGAAGGUGUUGGUCAAUCGCUCGAGUGGGUGGGCGGAUGCUAAGGGCGCGUUGCGGAGGGUUGCGGAGCGGGCGGUUGAGUUGGGGGUGAGGUUUGUGAGGGGGGAGGUUCAGGAGUUGCUGUUUGGGGAGGGGGGAGCGUGUGUUGGGGUUUUGACGAAGGAGGGGGUCAGGGUGCAGGCGACGCAUACGAUUCUGUCGACUGGGGCUUUCACGCCGAAGUUCUUGGACGGCGUUGCGACGGCGACGGGGAAUGAUGCUUUUUUGGCGGGCGAGAGGAUGUUGGCCGGUGGGGUGACGACUGGGUUGGCGAAGCUGGAUGAUGAGACGGCGAAGGUGUUUGCGGAUAUGCCGGUUUGUAUUCAGGAGAAUCCGCCCGAAAGAGGUCCGGAUAACGGGACAUUGCCUCUUACGGCGGAUAAUAAGCUGAAGUGGUGGGGGCAGACUAUUUUCAGGAACACUCAGACUAUGCCCUCCGGUCGCCAGAUCUCGGCACCCCCGACUCCGUCCGAUUACGACCAGUGGAAGGUCCCGGAUGUUCUUGUCGAGGACGUUGCGGUCGCUAACAAGGUGACGUUUGGGAAGCGCGGGGAGGGUUGGGAGAUUAAGGAGCAUCGUAUUUGCUGGGAUGUGUUCACCCCGAGCGCGGACUUCAUCAUAUCGCCCCACUCGGCCGCCAAGGGACUCUACGUCGCGACGGCAGGGUCAUUUCACGGGUUCAAGUUCUUUCCCAUAAUCGGCUCUUACGUCGUGAAGAUGUUGGAGGGCACGUUAGACCCGGAUCUGGUGAAGACGUGGGCUUGGGAUAGAGAGUUACCGGACGAGUCGAAGAGACGUAUUUGGCCGCACACGGAGUUCAAGGAUCUCUUGUGAUGUUUUAUGCGAUUUGGUGAGUAAAUUCCCAAUUGAUGAUUGAGAGUGAGGUUAUUUUCGGACAUGCAUGCUUGGUUUUGUCAAUUUGGUCUCAUUCCUCGCGUGCAGCUUUUCUAGUGCUGAAUCGCGAAUUUGGUGAGUGGGUUGACCUCUGUACGAUCAUUAAAUACCACCAAUAUGGAUAUCUACGAGAUGAUCUCAUACUUUCAAUAUGUUUGAAUCAAAUCGGCGUAUACCUCUUAGAUAAGCGCGCAUACAAAUCCCACC